UGAGGAAGUAAAGAAUGCCACUGUAAUCUGGCAACCCAUCUAACAACAUGUUGGGCUAAAUAUCUAAUCCAUUUUGUUUGUCCUUCGAUUGCCAACCAACCAACCAUAGCAGCAAGCAAAAACCAAUGCUUCUUCUCACAUUGCAACUCCAAUAAUCAGUCUGCAAACCCAAUGGCCUCUGCUUCAUACUCGCCACAUUUACUACCCUUUCCAUCCACACAAAAACCAACAGGGACAAUAUUCAGUUGUACUGCUUGCAAUUCCAAAGUUUUUCCUUAUCAUGGUGCCUUUCGAGACUGCUCCGCUGCUAAACUUCAAUCUGUGAUAAAAGCCAAGGCUGCCCCAAGUAACCGAAACACCAAACCCAAUAGUGUCAUCUGUGGUGAUUGCGAUGGAAAUGGUGCAGUUGUUUGCUCUCAAUGCAAAGGCAGUGGAGUCAACCCUGUUGAUUUCUUUAAUGGACAAUUCAAAGCCGGUGAUUCCUGUUGGCUUUGCGGAAAGGAGAUGUUAUGUGGAAAUUGCAAUGGUGCUGGCUUCAUUGGGGGGUUUAUGAGCACUGAUGAUGAGUAGGGUUCCCCCGCAUUCAAAAAGUUAGCGUAGCAGCCAUAGAUUCUUCCAGAGCUUUUGAAUAAGAUGUAUGUAUAUAUGUAUGUAUGUUCUUAGGCUUUGCGGAAUUUGAUGCUUGACCAACCCAUCUCAUACCCCAUUCGUUAAACUUUCAUGCAAGACAAGGCUAUCACCAUCUAUGUAUAUUUUACCAUCCUAUAUACAUAAUGGAAUACUUGUACGCAUUUAA